CGAUGAGCCAACCCGGAGGCAGAUGCCGCAAAAAAGGAGGGAUAAAACGAGCGACGCCAAUGUAUCACAUAUGUAUAUUUCCGGGGAGAGCGCGUUGGAUUGCGCGUUGCUACGGCUCCGGUUGGAACUCCGUGUCAACCCCUAUAUAAGGCUGAAACCUUCGCCGCGAAACUCUAGACGUGGCUCAGCGGGCGGUCUGACGUGUUUGUGUGUGUGUGUAUAUACAUAUAUAUAUAUAUAUAUAUAUACAUGUAUACGCGCGCGCGUCAUGUCUCGUUUCUUUUUUUAACGCGGAUUCACACAUACACCUACCACCUGUAGAUCUUCCCUCAAAGUUCAAGAACCAUCAUCUACCCCACCGUUAUGUUCGCGAAAACGAGAUCGCUCGUACUGUCGAUUGUCGUUGCUUCGCAAGUGUCGUGGCUCGUGAGUGUAUCGCGUGUGGAUUACGGAAAUUCUCUGCGGGUAUACAAUGUAGGCGUCCUUAUGGCGUCCCAUCUCGACAGUCCGUUUGAUCUCGAGCGAUGCGGUCCAGCGGUCGAUCUGGCUCUGGCGGAAGUGAACGAUUUCCUGAGCGUUCACAACGUGCAGCUGCGCAAAGUACAAGGAAGCUAUCCGUCGUGCAGCGGAGCCACGGCACCCGGUUUGGCAGCGGACAUGCACUUCCGGGACAACGUGAUCGCGUUCAUCGGGCCGGCUUGCGCGUUUGCCCUGGAACCGGUGGCACGACUCGCGGCUUAUUGGAAUAGUCCGAUUAUCACUGGCAUGGGCGAUCAACCUCCCUCGGAGGGCGAACUGUCAGUCACAUCUGGUAUCCUUGGAAGGAUCCAAAAGUGGAAGAAUGAAACGUCGGGGAUUUUCAAAGACAAAAGCAAGUAUCCCACUUUAACGAGAAUGUCGUACUGCCAAUGUCGAUUGCGGCUCGUCUUCUCUAGCGUGUUCAAAGAGUUCGGAUGGUCUCACGUCGCGCUGAUAUUGGAUAGAUCGGACUUGUUUUCGCUGACGGUAGGAAAGAAUUUGGAGUACGGUCUACGUAAGGAAGGGCUCUUGAAGUUUGUGAGAGACUUGGACGGCAACUCCGAGGACGAGUCGUAUCACUAUUAUCUUCGAGAUGCGAGCAUGUACGCCAGAAUUGUGAUACUCAGCGUCCGCGGAACGCUAGUCAGGAAAUUUAUGUUGGCCGCCCACGAAUUGGAAAUGACAAGAGGGGAAUGGGCUUUCCUCGACGUCGAGAUAUUUCACGGCUCUUACUGGGGCGAUCACGACUGGGAGGUCGGAGACGAGGACGAUGUCGCUGCUAGAAAGGCUUAUGAAGCUUUGUUGAGAGUGUCUCUUCUUCAGCCGACUAGUCCGAAAUUUCAGGAUUUCGCUGAUAGCGUCAAGCAACGCGCGCAAUCAGAUUACAAUUAUACAUUUUCGGAGGGCGAAGAAGUAAAUUUCUUCGUCGGGGCGUUUUAUGAUGGUGUUUACUUGUUAGGGAUUGCCCUGAAUGAGACCUUGGCCGAGGGUGGCGAUAUCAGGGAUGGCAUAUCCAUAACAAGGAGAAUGUGGGACCGAGAUUUCAUUGGCAUUACGGGCCACGUCAGGAUAGACGAUAAUGGGGAUCGUGAUGCAGAUUAUAGCAUCCUUGAUUUAGACCCUAUUACCGGAAGGUUCGAAGUAGUUGCUCAUUAUUCGGGAUUAAAUCGAGAAUAUAAUUCUAUGUCCGGUAAAAGAAUCCAUUGGCCAGGAGGAAGAGAAGGACCACCGCCGGAUAUUCCAGAGUGCGGCUUCUUAGGGAAUGAUCCGGUUUGCACAUCGAGGACAGAACACUUUUACACCUUCAUAGCUUAUACCGGCAUAGCCCUCGCCGUAUUUCUGCUCGCUGCAAUCACAGCCGCAUGCCUUUUAUACAGGCACUUACGGUUGUCCGCCGACUUGAAUAACAUGUCUUGGCGUGUAAGACCCGAGGAAUUGCUUCUCGAGGUUGGAAAACAGUUUUCCUCGAAGAUAAAUCUGCACCAAGCCAUGUCCGAUACGAAUAAUUUCGGAUUGGAACCGAAGAUACGUCGAGGAUCGCAGAUCAGUUGUGAAUCUUUGCCGCCCGCGAGAGUCUUCACCACCAUCGGGAUAUACAAGGGCGAGAGGGUGGCUAUCAAGAAAAUCACGAAGAAGAAAGUAGUCGACGUCACGAAGAAAUUACUUUGGGAAAUUAAGCAGGUCCGCGAUGUCACGUCGGAAAAUACUGUGAGAUUUAUCGGAGCUUGUCUCUGCUCGCCAUCACCGACCGUCUUGAUUCUCACAGAAUAUUGUCCUCGAGGAUCGUUGAAGGACGUCCUGGAAAACGAAGCGAUUAAGUUGGAUUGGAAUUUUCGAAUGUCCCUGAUCCACGAUAUCGUCAAGGGAAUGUCCUAUCUUCAUGCCAGCGAAGUUUCGGCCCACGGAAAGUUACGGUCGUGCAAUUGUCUGAUUGACGGUCGUUUUGUCCUGAAAAUCUCAGACUUUGGACUUAAAACUCUCACCACGCCCUCCGAUUUAAUUAUGGACGAGACUUAUUAUACCAAAUUACUUUGGAUCGCUCCGGAACUGCUGCUGUUAACGGUGACCCCCGGGAGUGCCGCCACGCAGAAGGGCGAUGUUUACAGCUUCGCGAUUAUCUUGGAGGAGAUAGUGGUUCGGGGCGGUCCUUAUGAAGUAGCCAGGACGUUUAUGACGCCGCAAGAGAUUAUGAGCAGAGUGUCGGCGUCAGAGAAUCCUCCGUUCAGGCCGGAAGUCGCUCCGAAGGACUGUCCACCGGAUAUACUGUCGCUGAUGGAGAAAUGCUGGCACGAAGUACCUGACGAACGACCCAGUUUCCACACAAUUCGCGGCACGAUACGAGGAAUCAUGAAGGGAUAUUGCGAGAAUUUAAUGGACGAUUUGCUACGGCGGAUGGAGCAAUACGCCAACAAUCUGGAAGCUCUCGUUGAGGAGAAGACCGAGCAAUUAAGUAUGGAGAAGCGUCGUAGUGAGGAAUUAUUGUAUCAAGUGCUUCCAAGACAGGUCGCUGGUCAGCUAAUGGCCGGGGAGAUAGUUCAACCGGAGCAAUUCGAGUGCGUUACUAUCUACUUCAGCGAUAUCGUCGGUUUUACGGCGCUGUGCGCUCAGAGUAUGCCCAUGGAGGUCGUGGAUUUCCUCAAUGACUUGUACAGUACCUUCGAUAAUAUUAUUGGAUUCUACGAUGUUUAUAAGGUGGAAACUAUAGGAGAUGCGUAUAUGGUCGCGUCCGGUCUUCCGGAGAGGAACGGCGACGAACACGCGAGGGAAAUCGGAUUGAUGGCUCUGGCUAUAUUAGACGCUGUGAGAUCGUUUACUAUAAUGCACAAGCAGAAUACUCAAUUAAGCGUACGAAUCGGUGUCCACAGUGGUCCAGUUUGCGCCGGGGUGGUGGGCCAAAGGAUGCCGCACUAUUGUCUCUUUGGCGACACCGUAAAUACGGCAUCUCGAAUGGAAUCUUCUGGACUUCCUUUGAGGAUACACGUCUCCAAAGCGACGAAAAAUAUCUUGGACAAGUUCAAGACGUUCGACCUCGAACUUCGAGGGGAGGUGGAGCUGAAGGGAAAGGGUAGGGUGACCUCCUACUGGUUGACAGGUUGUUCGGAGCCCGAUUCCAGGUUGGCGGUGCCAAAAUAUCGUAGAUUGAGUACUAGUCAACCGGAGAAUAAUCUGAAUCCAUUAAUCUUUCCACCGAAUAAUACGAACGGACCGAAAACGAGCAACAACACGUUCAUCAAUUUGACAGAAUUGUAAUAAUUAAUAUUCAAUCCUUUACAGUCCUACAAAUUGCAACCUGAAAAAGAUUCAAAUGUCACGCGAUAAUUUAAGAGAUAUAAAAAUGUCCGCAAAAAUUAUGAUCCGUAAGAAAGAGAGAGCCACACUAGAAGUUAUCUUUUUCGGUUUUACUUCGAUGUUGUAUAUAAGAACGGCUUAACGCUAUAUCUCAAUGUGAAUUGGAUCUAAUAUUGUAAUAAAGCAGUUUUUUAGGCUUAUUACAAUUCCAACUUUUAUUCGAAAUUUUACAUCAAUAGCGUCUUAUUUAUUUAAAUUAACGAAACAUGAUAGGCUUUUCGUGAACAGGUAUGUGUAUUAAAUUAAUAUUAUCUAAGUAUGAUACUGUUCAUUUAGCUUUGUCUUGAAAUACAAGUACAUUGCACAAUUGGUACAUAUAAUUAAGUCUGCUUAUUGUCUAACAAUAAUCUACAUAGCUAUUCUCUAGUCUUUAGUUCUUUUUUUUCAUCUUUAAAUAUAAAAAUUUAAUGUAAAAGAGAUGUAAAAAAAUUUAAUCUGAUCAAUUUUUAAAAUGUUUAAAUGAUACUUGUGCUUUUUGUAUAUCGUGUAUAUAGUGUAAUAUGUUAUAUAUUUUAAU